AUGACUACUCUUUCUUCGGCAAAUGUGGGGCAUCUUACCAACGGGUAUCGGCAUCGGACGGUUAUUGCAAUAUCCGUAUGUUUUCCGCUAGCAGUACUUGCUGUAAUUCUUCGAUUCGCGGCGCGAAAGAUAUCUAGGGCCGGGAUAUGGUACGAUGACUGGCUCGCCUGCGUCGGGUUGGUUGUAGUCGGUGUGUUCGUUUCUCUUAUCCUUGUGGAUCUCCCAGAUGAUAAUGCCAUUCGAGGCGAACCCAUCCCAGAGAGCACGCUCCUUGCAAACGCAAAAACAGUUUACGUCGCCGAGCUAUUCUAUUACAUAUCCCAAUUAUGUUUGAAAUCGUCUAUACUGGUGUUCUACUGGAGGCUGUUCAAUUUAUCUUCAAUACGUAUUCCAAUAUACCUCACUGCUGGCUAUAUUGUGACAUGGUUCGUCACAUCGAUCCUAGUCACAGCCUUCCAAUGUAUUCCCGUUGCCGCUCUCUGGACACCAGCCUUGAAAAGCUCUGCGAAAUGCGUAGAGUUGGUGCCCUUCUUCUUCGGCACAUCUGUUCCCAAUAUUCUAGCUGAUGUAUUCCUACUCGCCCUCCCUGCACCUUAUGUCUGGAGCUUGAAAAUCACUUUAACGCAAAAGACUUUUGUGAUGGGGUUCUUCUUGCUCGGUAGCUUUGUCUUGGUCGCAUCUAUUAUACGCCUUGUAGAUUUACUCCACCUAGAUAUGAACGGAUUUCUUGCAAAUUGGACAGUGUCAAACUCUGUUGUCUGGAGUGCAGUGGAAAACUGUAUGGGCGUUGUCUGUAUCUGUCUUCCUUCGCUCAGACCGAUAAUUGACCUACUACCUUGGGCAUCACGUUUCGGAAAGAGCCUGGGUUCGAAUCACACCAACGAGCGCGAUGUAAGGAUCCUUAGGUCGGAGAAUAGACUAGAAAAACCGAAGCAUGAAUGUGAUGAGUACGAACUGCUAGGGAAGGAUAGUGCUGGUUGCUGGGUUCAGGCUGAAAGGCCUGUCGAAGAGCACUCGAUAAAGACGGAGGAUGGGGGAAACAUCACAGUACGAACUCAGAUCCAGAUAUCAUCCGGUGAUGAGAUGCAGCCAGUAAAGACAGUAGGAGCUAAUGCAAUGAUCGAACAGGAAUGUUAA